GGCUGGGUUUUGGGGUGUUUUGCGGUGUUUUGCGGUGUUUUCCAGCGCUCGCCGCCAUUUCGCCGCCGUGAGGGGAGGGGGGGGGGCGCGCGCGACUCGCCUUUUCCCGCCUUUUUCCCGCCUGAGGGCAGGAAGUGAGGGGGGGAGGGCGGAGCGCGAGACUCGCCCGGCGGGCGCCAGGGGGCGUGACGAGCUCCGUCUCUCGACCAAUCGUGACACAGGGGUGGAAUUAUAGGCGGGGCGAGCUGGGGUUGGACCAAUGGGAAGAGGGGCUGGCGCGGGUGGGGUCCGCGGGUGUGGGCGGGGCCAGCGCAGUCGCGGUCGGAGCGCGGUCGGUGACGGUUCGUGUCUGGGCCGGGUCGUUGGCCGGGCCUUGGAGGGGGUCUCUGCGGCCCUGCUGAGGGUGGGAGGCGUGGGGCGGCCUUAGGGGUGCUCCCGUCGCGGUUUUAGUCCGCCCGGUGUUUGUUUUCCUCUCAGAGCUGCUGUGAGAAAUGUCCCAGCGGAAGCGCAGCAAAGGGCUUGGCUACUCUCAGAUGACCGAUGGGGAGGAUGAUUUCAUCCCGACCCAGGUGGAGCGGCGCUCCCAGGACCAGCCCGCUCUUGGCCUUCCCUGCUCAUUCCCCCACAGACAUGCUGAAGAAUAUAAUCCGGGAAUACCGGGAUGCCUACACGGAAAUCGUCAGGAGGGCGGACAGGACCCUGCAGGAGGUGUUCGGGCUGCAGCUGGUGGAGAUCGACACCAAACGCCACAUCUACAUCCUCAUCAACAACCUGCCCCGUGCUGAGGGCGAGUACCUGUGCAGGGGCAAGGAGAAGGAGAAGAUGGGGCUCCUCUUAGUCAUCCUCAGCUUCAUCUUCAUGAAGGGCAACUCAGUCAAAGACAGUGCUUUGUGGGAAUUCCUGCACCUGCUCCGUGUGUACCCAGGGAAGCAGCACAGCGUGUUCGGGGACGUCCGGAAGCUGGUGACAGAGGAGUUUGUGCGGCAGAAGUACCUGGAGACCACCCCCAUCCCCCUGACGGACCCCCCCGAAUUCAAAUACCAGUGGGGGCCACGGGCAGAAAAGGAAACCUCCAAGAAGGACGUGCUGAACUUCGUGGCCAAGAUGCAGGGCAAGGACCCCACAUUUUGGGCGAGCCAGUACAGCGAGGCCGAGGCCAACACGGCCACCACCUGACCCCCCCCCAAAAUAAAGGCACCCCGUUGGUGUGCAGCCCCCC